AUGGCGGCCGCUGUUCUACCCGCCGCUGGAGGCCGAGAAACCAUGGAUGUCGACUCUAUAGAUGACAAGGAAAUCGCAGAAUAUCGAGAGCUCAUCGAGGAGCUUGGAACCUUCCCGGAUAAGGUCCUGAUCAACUGCCUCACCAUGAUUGCGGAAGAUCACUCCGAAUCCAAAGAAGCCGCCAGGAGAGUGUACGAUUGCAUUCGAGAAAAACUGCUCUCCUCUUCCGGAGAUCACAAACUGCCCAUCAUGUACGUGAUUGACUCCAUUCUCAAAAAUGCCCGAGGCGCCUACAUUGGAUUCUUCGAACAGGAUGCUCCCAAGUGGAUGCCAUCGGUAUAUCGAGCAUUGCCUGACGAAACCAGACGGAACAAACUGAAAAAGGUAUGGAACACUUGGAAGGAUUUUUCCUUGUUUGCUCCUGACAAGUGGAAGGCCAUGGGAGAAUGCUUCGAGUCGGACAAUACUGAUGGCAGUACAUCGCCACGAUCUUCCUCGCCGUUGGGUGGAUCCAAUCUAGUGGCUGGGAUCCCACGAUCGAAAACGGGAGCGCUGAUACUAACAACCUCACUGCGAAAAGAAAUGCAAAAAAUAUUGGAUGAAAUACAAAAUGAUAUCGACAAUGAACUGGAAAAAGUUUCACUAGAAAGAAUUGCCGAUAUCAACCCAGAUCUAUUGGCCAACAUUAAGAAGGCGGCCGAAGAUACCCUCCGAGGGAACCAACAAUCUACAGGAGUGGAAGGAUCCGGUGGUGAUGGUGGAAACGACAAGGAUCCAGUUCCAUUGAAACCGGCCUUCUUGGCAGAAAUGCGAAGUGAUCAAGUAGUGGAACGAUCCAAAGCAUGGGCCAAGGUGGAUGCCAAACCGGUGGAACUGUCGAAUGAAAUGAUCCAAAAACUGCAAACCAGUGUCAAGGAGAGUUCGUCUGCCGAUGCACGUUAUUUUCAGUCAGACGCCGUGGACAUGACGCGGGUACUGGCGGCGGCAUCGGCUACGGCGACUCUCUUGACAACGGCUUUGGAACGGAGGGAAACCCAAGACACAAAAGCGACUCAACAAGCCAUGCAACGAAGUGGUGGAGCUGCCGCAAACGCUGCCAGAUCGGGAUAUGCCACGGUGGACAAGAGUCUCUUCACCAACAACGGGAUCAAAACAAAGAACUUGGCACUCAUUGGGAUGCUCUAUGAAGUUGGAUUGCCUUUUGUUAGUUCGUCGGAUGGACGCAGGUUCAAGACACAGCUGGAGCUGUCGAAGCACCUGGACAGGCUCUUCAAAAGAAGUCAAAUUGAAAAGUCCAUGGCAAGAACCGAAGAGAGAGGAUGGUACUGCUCGGAUCGGGUUUGGACGAUGGAAGCAAAGGAAGAAGAUAUUGUUGACAACAACGCUGCCCUGAACGCCAACUCGGCCACAGAAGCAACGUCGACGGGUGAAGACGAUGCAAAUCCUGACUCUUUCACGGAAGUUGCCGACGAAACGAGAGAUAAAUGCGUGGUCUGUGGCAUCAAUUUCAAAAUGUUCUUUGACAAUGACGAUGGUGCCUACAAGUACCGAAAUUGCCGCGAGGUCGAAGUAAUGAAUGAUGAUGUUGCCGAAAACGAGAGUGACAUGAUGCUGGUGCACGUCACAUGUUGGCGAGGCCUCGGUUCACCCGCCACCCUGGACAUUGACCAAACUCUGAGGGACUGA